AUGCAAAGAUAUGGCGCCGACUUGACUUUUGGUGACCGGAAUGAAUUUCUGCAGAUGAAUUUGAGGAUGGUUCUUCCGUUUAUUUGGGCUAGUAUUGCCUUGUACGCCGCAGGAGCAUGCGGGGACUAUGUCUCAACCAACUACGAUGAAUACAACGAUGGCGUGCUCGGCCACCGUCCUCAUCUGGAAUUUCAUUCCAGCGAUGAAUACGCGCCGAUCCUGCAAGCUACCAUCUGGGAUGGCGAUGCGAUAUCCGACGCGGGCUCCCACAUUUUCCUACGACACGACGGCAACGAUACCUCGCCGCUUUCAUCACCUCUAAUUAUUGAUGCACGCGACUUGAGCGCGGUAUACAUGAACCGAACGUUCAAAAAUGUUUUUGGCACUCGCGUUCAAGAAAACAAAGGAAAGAAGUACUUAACUUUUUGGGAAGGAGAAAAGGGCAAUGGGAUUGGCGAUGGUUAUGGACUUGCCUACGACGAUACAUAUCGCCUAGUUUAUAAAAUAUGGGCACAAAAUCUCCAGGUACACAGUGACUUACAUGAAUUCGCAUUCACUGGAAAUGGGUCAGCUUUGGUUACUGGCGUGAAUUCAAUUCAAGUGGUUCCGUCAAUGUUCCCUCAGUGGGACCUACCACCAUUCAGCAUCGAAAUACUAGAUGCAGUCUUCCAAGAAAUUGACCUUGAGACGAACGAGGUUCUCUUCCACUGGCGAGCCCUCGACCACAUAAACCCUAUGGACUCAUUUGAGUCAAUGGGCCGUGUCUGGGAUGCCUAUCACAUCAACAGUAUUGAAAAGACACAAGCAGGAAACUAUCUCAUAUCAAUCCGCCAUACGUUCUCUAUUCUUCUUAUCAGUGGAAGUACAGGAGAAAUAAUUUGGCAGAUGGGUGGAAAGCGAAACGACUUCGACGAAAUAUCCGUGCUCAAUGGGUCUGAUAUAACCCAGGAAGUGUUGACAAUGAGCUGGCAACAUCACGCUCGCUUCGUCCCUGGAACAAACGAAACCCAGAUGACACUCUUCGACAAUCACGGGACUGUCACCAACCACGGCGACUGCAAGGCCUUUUGCUCCCGUGGAUUACAUCUUGCGAUUAAUGACACUAUCACGCCCCCCACGGUUCAAUUCCUGCGUGAAUUCCGACAUCCAUCACAGCUUCAGGCCCAGAGUCAAGGAAGCGUACAGCCACUAUCUCCUUCCGCGGAUGGCCUUGGCAAUGUUUUCAUUGGCUGGGGUCGAUGUCCAUCAUUUACAGAGCAUAACUCCAAGGGAGAGACGGUGAUGGACGUCCAAUUCUCACCAUGGCAUAGUGAUGAGAUUCCUGAUGCACUCGAUAACUACCGGGCAUACAAGAUGAACUGGUCCGCAACUCCUUGGUGGGACCCUGCCAUUGCCAUGCGAAAGAACCAGGAUGGAGAGCUUGUUGUCUACCUUAGCUGGAACGGUGCAACAGAAGUUGCGUAUUGGGUUGUCAGGGGAGCUCAUAAUCCCGUACGUGGGAGUUACGACAAAGUCGUCACAGAAGGUGCGAGGACUGGGUUUGAAACAAAGCUGAUUGUCGGAGAGACCCCAUGGCAAUAUUUAUGGGCUGAAGCAGUCGACGAGGCAGGAAAAGUACUUAGGUCAACCGAUAUUGUGGACCUGACAACUGAAACCCUCCCGAUAGUCCUUGACAGCUAUGAUGCUAACUUCACUUUUCCCUCUGGAAAGGUGAAUACACAGAGCAUAGUUCAGCCAUUAAGCAUGAACUCCGUGCUACUACUCACUGCAUUAGCCACCAUCGCUCUUGUGAUAUUCUCCGUUGGUGGUAUUUGGCUAUGGCAAAGAUACAGAAGUUAUACACAGCUAAAAGCGGAAGACUUUGAUCUUGGUCUAGAAGAGCUUUUGGAGGAAGACAAGAGAAAGGACAGCACAGAUGGCGAUAUUUAUGACGACGAAGGAGAUGCUCUGAUAGCCUCGCAAUCACGAUUCUGGGAUGACGGACGACCUCUCCAGCCGAAGAAUGAAGGAAAUUUACAUCCCAGAAACUAG